CUGCCAGAAUGCGGGAGCUCUCAGUGCCUCAGCAGACAUGAACGUGAAAACCGUGCUCAUCCUCCUCGUUCUGGCUUUAGCCACGAUAUUUGCUUUAGUCUGUGUGUUGCUGACCAGAGCAAGGACCCCCAGCGCCUGCCAGCACCAGCCCCUGGAGCAGGAGGACACCGAUGACGGCCAGAGCCUGGUCUUUGCCGAUCUGACGCCCGAAGAGAUGGCGCAAGUGGUGCGGUACCUGCGGGGAAACCUCGGGGUGCAGCUGGUUGACGCCUCGCGUGCAAAACCUUCCGACAACUGCAUCGCCUCCGUCGACGUGCAGGUCCCCGCCAAGGCAGAGGUGCUGCGGUUCCUGGAUGGCGGGGGGGCUUGCCCCCCCCGGGAGGCGCUGGCUGUGCUGUACUUUGGGAACCAGCCAGACCCCAACGUCACCGAGUACGUGGUGGGUCCGCUGCCAACGCCGGUGUAUCACCGGGACGUCACGGUGCAGAAGUACAGGGGGAAGGUGCCGUACCACCGCAGACCCGUUACCGGCAAGGAGUACGUGGAUAUCUAUGCCUUCAUCCAGCGGGAGCUGAGAAAGGCACCGCGCUUCCUCGCUGCGUGCUGUGAGUCCGACGGGACCGACCUGGCCAUCCUCACAACGGCCCCACGGGGCUUCAAGUCUGGUGACCGUGCGACCUGGUUUGUCCUCUUCCACAACGUGGCCGGCACCGGCUACUAUCUCUCGCUGGUGGGGCUGGAGGUGCUGGUGGAGCACGGGGACCUCCACGUCUCCCGCUGGCAGCUGCGCCAAGUCUUCUACAAUGGCCGGUACUUUGUCAGCGUGGGGGAUCUAGAGAGCGCGUUUAUGGCUGACGUGCUGGAGGUUGUCAGGAUGGAGAAGCCCCAGGCUGAAGUGGUGCUGGGCUCGAUGAGACCUCCUGGCUCCCCGGGGCCGCUGCAGUAUGAGCCCUAGGGUCCUCGGUACAGCAUCAGGGACAACUGCGUCACCUUCCAGGGCUGGAGCAUCGCCUUUGGCAUGAACCCCAACUCCGGCCCGCGCCUCUUCGACAUCAGGUACCGCGGGGAGAGGAUUGUCUACGAGCUGAGUCUCCAGGAAGCCUUAGCCCUGUACGGCUCCAACUGCCCCGGGGGCAUGUCGACCCGCUACCUCGACGGGAGCUUUGGCAUCGGCAGGUUUGCCUACGAGCUUGUCCGGGGCCUUGACUGCCCCUACACGGCGACCUAUGUGGACCGGCACUACCUGGUGGAGUCAGACACCCCCAAAACCAACCAAAACUUGCUCUGCAUUUUCGAGCACGAUGCUGCCGUCCCUCUGCGGCGCCACUUCUCUGACUCGCAGUCCUUGUACUAUGGCGGGCUGCAGAAAAACACGCUGGUCAUCCGUGCCAUCUCUACUCUCAUCAACUAUGACUACAUCUGGGACUUUAUGUUCCAUGGCAGCGGGGCCAUGGAGGUCCGGGUGCAUGCCACCGGCUACAUCAGCUCCUCCUUCUUCCACGGCCAAGGCACCAACUACGGCAACAAGGUUGGGCCCCACACGCUGGGGACAAUGCACCUCCACCACAUCCACUACAAGGUGGACCUGGAUGUCGCUGGGCAGCUGAACUCCCUGGAGACCCAGGACAUGGGAUACGAGCUCGUGAAAGACCCCUGGAGCAUGCAGAACACCAUCGAGCGGCCGUACCUCCGCAGGAAGAAGCUGGAGAGGGAGGAUGAGGCAGCGUUCCCGCUCAACACCCCCAUGCCCCGCUACCUCUCCUUUGCCAGCCCCAAGCCCAACAAGUGGGGGCAUCCGCGCAGCUACCGCGUCCAGAUCACCAGCUUCGCCGGGGAGCACCUGCCCACCAGCAGCUCCAUGGAGAGGUCCAUCAGCUGGGGCAGGUACCAGCUGGCCGUCACCCGGCGGAAGGAGGAGGAGCCCACCAGCACCAGCAUCUACAACCAGAACGACCCCUGGACACCCACCGUUGCCUUCGCCGACUUCAUCGACAACGAGACCAUCACCAACAAGGACCUGGUCGCUUGGAUUUCCGUGGGGUUCCUGCACGUCCCCCAUGCUGAAGAUGUUCCCAACACGGUGACCGUGGGGAACGGCGUCGGCUUUUUCCUGAGGCCCUACAACUACUUCGAUGAGGACCCCUCCAUGGACUCGCCCGACAGCGUCUACUUCAGCGGUGAGCAGGACGCCGGGGCGUGCGGGGCCAACCCCCUCGCCUGCCUGCCCCCCGCCGCUGCCUGUGUCCCCCACCUGCCCCCCUUCCGCUAUGGGGGGUUCCUCAACCUCAGCCUGGCUCCGCCGCCCGGUGGGCUCUGACAGGGAUGGGGCCACCGCUGCCCCCGUCCCCAACGGUGCGGGCGGUCCGUGUCUGGCUGUCGGGCGCGUCCUUGGAGGGGCUCUGCCGCCGCACCAGGACCUGCCCUCCCCAUCCCUGGGAUGUCGCGUGCUUAGGGUCAGGUUUUCGGAGGAGCUCAGCUCUCAUUUCGGCACCACGAUGCUGCCAAGGGUGGACUCAAAACCCCUGAAAAAAAGCCCCUAGGGACUGAUUUUUGGAGACUGCAUCCAGGAGGCCACUCAAAGGACUUGUGGGGUGCCCACGGCUGCUCUCCUGCUCUGGGACUGGGGCUCCUGCCGCCUCACCGAGGUAGGUCGGUGCAUGCAGGGCAAUGGUGUCAGCCAGGGCUGGGCACUACACAAAGCCGCAUCUCCCCUCGGAGCCGUGGACCAUGCCAAGGUUUUGCCCAAGGUGGUGGGAAUGGGCAGUGUGGUGGCUGCUGCGGCCCGGCCACAGCCCAGGGGAGUUGGGCUGCAGGGAGCCGGCAGCUUCAGGAUGCCUGAAACGUCCACCCCGGCCCCACAGCUGCCGGGCCUGGGUGAUGCUGAGCUCUGGCUGCUGCAGUGGUGCCAAAUUUUGGGGAUGGGGACAGGGACAAUGUGCUGGGCUGCACCGGGAGCACACUGCAGGAUGGGCACUGCCUGGGCUGAGCUGCCCCAUGUCCUCCCUCUCCAAUAAAUGGCCACUCUGGUGCUUUUUCUG